AUGUCAGCCUCUAUUGAAUGGGAAGACGAGAAUGCGGGCAACGGCCAUGAUCCCUGCCCUGCUUUUCCCUUUGUCCCGACAAACGAUCCCUCAAGCAUUGAGUGGGGUCCAUCUACCGGCAAUUCGCCGCAAGCUGUUCAAGAAGCGUUAAAUGCUUCAAUUGAAUGGGGUUCAAAUUCACCUGGACUUCCAAAUAGGGAAGCCAUGCAUGAUGAUGCCACCAUUUUUAGCGGUUGGAUUAAGACCGUUCCAAUUCAGGUAUUUUUGUUAGCAUUUUUAUCGCAGAAUCCGAAAAUCCUCAAAAACUCUACAGAACAAACAAAGCAGGAAGAAACGAAGGGGCAGAGGGGACAAACGGAGCCUUCCGAGAUCGAGCCUAGCCUAUCUACGACGACGCCAAACAUGCCUAGGAAAAAGCACUCUGUUGUAUUCAAAUUCGAUUCAGAGCUCGAGGACAAGCACUCGGACAAGCACUCGGACAAGCACUCGGACAAACACUCGGACAAGCACUCGGACAAGCGCUCGGGAAAGCAUUCGGACAGAGAAGUGGAUAAGAAACAGCUUGGUAGCAAUAUUCCUCUAUUUGGGGGGCCAGUAAAUGCCAAGCAGAAGGAUUUGCCAAAGAAAAAAUCAAAGGCCAAACCCCAAAAUGAAACUUUGGCCACAAGGCCUCCAAUCUCAGCUCCAUCGAUUUCUUUGAAGGGUAAAUCAACAUACGCGUGCACCUCUAAGGCAAAUGAAAACCUAUUUAUGGAAAAGCUUAACUUGGCAAAUGAUAAAUUGCAAAAAUUGAAGUUAGGUAAUCUCCCCAUCGAUGAAUAUGAUGUUCCCACACCACCGGCUCCUUCCAGUGCAGCUAAAUCUGAAAAUCUUUCCACAGCGGUUUCGAACAUGGAAGAUAUAAAAUCUUCAAAGAAAGAUGCUAAAGAGGCCGGAAAAGUUGGCAAACCUAAAAUUACAAUGGCUAUUGCUAGUGCGGAUGAUUCAAGGCCAAAUAUAGUACCGCCCCUUAAAGAUGAGAGCGGUCCACUAGCUAAAAAUCGGGCUGGAAUCCUUUUAAAACCAGAGGAACAGAACCUCAAAACCAAGCCUGAACACUGCCAUGAAGUAAGGGCCUGGACUGACGCUUCUGGGUCUUUUCAAGUGACUGCAUCUUUUAUCUCAUUGACUUCUGUGGAGCCGUUUCUGGUUUAUUUACUUCGAUCUGAUGGCAUAAAGGUUUCUGUUCCCCUUUCCAAGCUUUCAAGAGAAGAUGUUGUUUGGAUCAGGCAACAAACAGGCGUAAAGCCGCCUGAGGGCCUAAAACCUACACCGGUCCCUCAAGAAAAACAAAAUGUCAAGCAUAACCAUCGGGACCCACCUCCGCCUCCGCCUAAAUUGCCCACAGACAUCUCAUCCUCUAUUGCUAAAUUAAACCCGUCCCAUGGAAUGCAGAAAUCAGCUUCUCAAUCAUCUAGUGAGAAGCUUUCCUCUUUCCACGCUUCAAACGACAAAAUAGGACACUCUACAAACGAGGAACCCCAAAAAGUAUCAGCUGAGUUAAAAAAAUCGCAAAAUAAUUCUUUUGUCGGCAAAUUACAGCGAACAUCGCCCCCGACUCCUCCGGCACCACCCCUUUCUUCAGCUCUUGCUGCACAAAAAGCUACCAUAGUAGCCCCAAAAGAUUUAAAUCCUAAACUUAGCAAGAACAAAAGUGAUGGGCUUCUUGUGGAGGACGCAAAUGAAAAGUAUUCCAUUCUAAACAAGCCGCUGAAUAAGAACGAGAUUGACUUGAACAACAUUAAGGUCGAUGCAUCUCUUUUGAAAAAAAUUGAAAAAAUAGAUGACCAUCCUCCGUCUUCAAGUGAACAGACAGACUCAUCUGCAAUGGAUGGACCAAAGUCGAAGGAAGCCGCCUCGAAAUGCUACGAAAGAGGUUCUACUUUGCCCCCAGUUGAUGGCGAGUCAUUAACUAUCUCUUCUAUUAAAGAAAAAAUUGAAGUUGCUCGUAGUAAAGGGAAGGGCGAGGCUUUGUCCUCAGGCCUUUCUUCGGCUCAGUCCUCGAAUCAGUCAUCUGCCUCAUCCAUAUCCUCUUCUCGCUCGUCUUCGAGAUCCGCCCUUGAGGCUGUUUUUAAAGAUCUAAACCAAAAAACAAACAGCGCAAGCUCCUCUUCCAUAGCUCGAGCUAAAGACCCCCCUAUCUCCAACCCUAAAGCUACCGCGCCGGGAAGUCACCCCGGUCCGCAAGAGAAUGAAGGGUUUCGCUCACACGAAAGUCACAAGAAAAAUGUUGCAAAUCCCAGUGAAGCAAGUUGCCCAUAUUCUGUUCUGCAGCCGGAGCAAAGACACUCACAGCAACCUCGCUGGAAUGAAGCACACGCCAUGCGAUACAGCCAGCCCAAUAUGAAUGCUGUCGAUUAUAGAUCGUUAAUGCCUGUUUCUAAGGCUCCCCCCCACUAUCAUCAGCCAUUCAGGCCAAUGCCAAAUAGCCAAGCUCCUCACUAUGAAAUGGGGCCAUUUCAGGGGCCGCCCCCUCCACAGUUCAUUCAAAAUAUCCAGGAUGCUCCGGAUAAUAGGUUUUCCCACAACAUCAUCCCCACCUCGGUGGGGCCGAGCCCUGGAAUCCCAUAUGAAACCUACCCCGCCCAACCAAAGUCAUCAUACUUUGUUGAGACAAUCACAUACUCCGGCCCUGGCGGAAGACCCCUAAAUGGCUACCAACAUGCACACCCUACGCCCCAGGCUUGUCCCUUUGGCCAGCCUCAACCCAGCUCUCAAUAUAUGAUGAGGCCAUUGAUGAAUCCUCAGCCUCAGCCUCA